AUGGCGUCGAGUCCGCGAGCAGGUGGUGCCGCCCAGCGCCCGAACGGUGCGACACAGAACAAAAUCUGUCAGUUUAAGCUCGUCCUGCUGGGCGAAUCGGCGGUCGGCAAAUCGUCGCUGGUGUUACGCUUCGUCAAGGGCCAGUUCCACGAGUACCAGGAAAGUACGAUCGGUGCCGCUUUCCUCACACAAACCCUCUGCAUCGACGAUACGACAGUGAAGUUUGAAAUCUGGGACACUGCUGGACAGGAAAGGUACCACAGUUUGGCGCCCAUGUACUACCGAGGUGCACAGGCCGCGAUCGUGGUGUACGAUAUUCAAAACAGUGAUAGCUUUGCGAGGGCCAAAACGUGGGUCAAGGAGCUUCAAAGACAGGCAUCGCCAAACAUUGUGAUUGCAUUAGCCGGUAACAAGGCCGAUCUGGCAAACAGUCGCGUCGUGGACUACGAGGAGGCCAAGCAAUACGCUGACGACAAUGGGCUACUAUUUAUGGAGACAUCCGCCAAAACGGCCGUCAAUGUGAAUGAUAUAUUCCUUGCAAUAGCUAAAAAGUUACCCAAGAACGAGGGUGCUGGACCGCAGCAAAACAUUAGACCAACGCAAAACGAAACCAAUAGGCAGAACAGCGGCUGCUGUGCUGUGAGCAAGUGAUGUUAUUCAGCAGCAACUGGACUGUUGAAUGCGUGUGAAAACUGCUGCAUGAAAAAUUGUAUAAUGGUAAUUAUCGUUACGUUGAAGCAGCCGGCGGCGGCGGUGGUAGUAAAGUUAAUGCCGGCGGCUGGCGUUGGUAUGAUAAAGAUGAUGAGUAAAUUGAUAGGAGGUAAGACCGAUUCCAAACUAGUUAUGGCAUACCAGAAAAACACAGUAAAGCAUUAUAUUUAAAGGAAAAACACACUCAAGAAAAUAAACAGACAAAAAAAAAACAAACAAAAACAAAACAAUUGUAGAAACAAAAGCGAGAUCGAGGGAAGAAAGGCAGAAUAGGAGGUAAAAAGUAAACAACAACAACAACAAAAAUCAUCCGUAUUUUUGGGGGCAGAAACGAACAAAACUCACAUAAAAAGAAAAAAAGAGAGGCAUAGUAGGCAAGGACGAAGCGAAACAAAAAAAAAAAAUGCAAUUGUUGCAGAAUUAUGGAUGCAGUGUCGACGAACGGACGGACGGACGGACGGAUGGGUCCAGAGUGUGCUGAGAUCAAUCGUACUACGUGCGUGCUGCUGCCGCUGCUGAUGCUGCUACUGUAGGUGAAUUGAUUGAGCGGAGCAAAAGGAAGCAGAAAACGGGAACGCUCAGCUAGCUGCUGCACACCCCCCGUCGGUGGUUUAGUUUAAUUGGGAUGUAGAAAGCAGAUAUUUUAUUUGAGUCUACGCGGUGAAAUGAUAAUAUAAUAGUAAUAUUAAUAUUCACACUAUACUACUAGCAAACGAGCCGCGCGCCAGCAUGCAUAUACCAACACCACCACCACCACCACCACCACGACUACCACCACCAUCAAGUAUCAAGGUGCGGAAUACCCGCACUGCCGAAAUACCACUACUACUACUACUACUCUUUAGACAAGAUAAACCAUCAGACAGAUAACAGCCACAGGGUCACACAAAGAAUAUUAUGUGCAAUUUGGAAGGAAUACUAAUUUGGACGUAAAUCCGUAAUUGAAUUGACAGAACGCAAUAAUACAGGAAGCGAAGCGUGGAAACAUCACACGAUCAUCUGGAGAAUUACACUUGGUUAAACCACAAACGAAAAUAGUACCCGUUUUCUGCCUACCCUUUGGUUUCUCCUCCCCCUCUCUGUUGCUGUAUUGAACAUCGCGUGAAACUUUGACCCCUUAGGAGCUUCCCACCCCCCGAGGCCGCUUCCACUGUGUGUCGUUUGCGAAAAAGCUAAGCUUAUAACUGUUGCAUUUGAUGAUCCGUUUGCUUUAUGUGGCCAAAGGGAAGUUGCCUUCUAUUUUCUUUCACAACAUUCUAUUCGUAAUUUGCGAAAUUUCUCCGUGGAAAGCGAUCAUGAGGUACGGAGGAGACGCGCGCUAAUUUAACGGUUGGAUGGUGGGGGGGGGGGGGG